AUAAAGCCAGAGCCCAUUCUCUGUUUUGAAACAUUAAGAGAGUAUGCUCGGACAAUAACUCAACUGAACUAUUUAUAUUUUUCUGCAAAGCCCUUUUUUGGGGACCACGUCACAUCGUUCCUCUCUCACCGUUUCACCGAGAUUGUGUUGAAGCCAGAAAAAAAAGAGUCGUCAUUAUGGUGCUAAUGAUACUGCCAUUCAUUGGAUCUGUGUCUGUAUCCGAGAGUUUGGUGGCCAUGACAACGGUGUGUCUGGUCUACCUGAUUCUUAAGUUUUUCCACACUGAGAUUCCUGAAGGGCUCCGUCGGCUUCCUGGGCCGAAGCCCCUGCCUAUCAUUGGCAAUGUGCUGGAGGUGGGCAGCAAACCUUACCUGAGCCUCACUGCUAUGAGCAAGCGAUACGGCCAUGUCUUCCAGAUCCAGAUCGGCAUGCGUCCUGUGGUUGUGCUGAGCGGCAGCGAAACUGUUCGACAGGCGCUCAUCAAGCAAGGGGACGAGUUUGCAGGCAGACCCGACCUGUACAGCUUCCGCUUCAUCAAUGCCGGCAAGAGUCUGGCCUUCAGCACGGACCAGGCCGGCGUCUGGCGUGCCCGCAGAAAGCUGGCCUACAGUGCCCUCCGCUCCUUCUCCACCCUGGAGGGGACAACUCCAGAAUACUCCUGUGUUCUGGAGGAACACAUCUGCAAAGAGGGGGAGUAUCUCAUCAAACAGCUCAACACUGUCAUGAAGGCCGAUGGCAGCUUUGACCCAUUCCGCUACAUUGUUGUGUCUGUGGCCAACGUGAUCUGCGGAAUGUGCUUUGGCCGACGCUACGACCACGACGAUCAGGAGCUGGUCAGCUUGGUGAACCUCAGUGAUGAGUUUGGCCGGGUGGUGGGCAGUGGAAACCCUGCAGACUUCAUCCCUAUCCUUCAGUACCUGCCCAGCACAACAAUGAAGAACUUUUUGCGCAUCAAUGAGCGCUUCACCGAGUUCGUGCAAAAGAUCGUCACCGAGCACUACACCACUUUCGACAAGGACAACAUCCGAGACAUCACAGACUCCCUAAUUGAUCACUGUGAGGACAGGAAGCUGGAUGAGAACUCGAAUGUCCAGAUGUCCGACGAGAAGAUUGUAGGAAUUGUCAAUGACCUGUUUGGAGCUGGUUUCGAUACCAUCUCUACUGCCCUGUCAUGGUCGGUGAUGUACCUUGUGGCGUACCCAGAGAUACAGGAGAGACUUUAUCAAGAAAUAGAGGACAAAGUGGGUCUGGAUCGCAUGCCUCUUCUCUCUGAUAAACCCAAUUUGCCUUUCCUGGAAGCCUUUAUCCUGGAGAUCCUUCGACACUCUUCGUUCCUGCCCUUCACCAUCCCACACUGCACCGCUAAAGACACAUCUCUGAACGGCUACUUUAUUCCCAAAGACACAUGUGUCUUCAUCAAUCAGUGGCAGAUCAACCAUGAUCCAGAGCUGUGGAAAGAUCCAUCUUCCUUCAACCCAGAUCGCUUCCUGAGUGCCGACGGCUCUGAGGUCAACAAGCUGGAUGGCGAGAAGGUGAUGGCUUUCGGCAUGGGAAAGCGGCGCUGCAUCGGCGAGGUCAUCGCACGGAAUGAAGUCUACCUCUUCUUGGCGAUCAUCAUUCAGAAGCUGCACUUCCACUCGAUCCCGGGAGAGAAGCUAGACAUGACACCUGAAUAUGGUCUCACAAUGAAGCACAAACGCUGCCACCUGAAAGCCACAAUGCGAGCGAGGAACGAGCAUUGAAGCUCAUCACCAUGUACAAUAUGUGACUCAGCAGGUCACAGUCAGAUUAAGAGUCAGUGGAAGAAGAAUCUCUCUCUGAAUGUAAUAGGCUUGAUUCCAGAUUUGAUGUUCAGAGCGUGUGGCAUUGAAGCAUAUAAGUGACAUGUGUCUGUUGCGGAGUGUCAGAGGUGUCUGGGUUUUUGUGAACAUAUCUCUGCUAUGAUUUAAGUCGAAGAGAUAUUCCUGCACAAGGCAGAUUCUUCUCAGUGAAGUAUAAGGAGAUCCUUGGUUCUUCUGUUGUGUUGUUCACUAAUCUGCUUCAAUUCAGAAGUUGUCUUGUUCAACUUUGGGACAGACAGUAUAUGGUUUAAUGGAUAGGCAUUAUCAUUGCAACAUAUUUUUUUCUAUUGAGAACAAAUAUCACCUUAUGACACCAUUUAUACUUGUAAGCUACAAUUUUUUAAUUCCAUUAUAAUGUCGACGUAAGACACUGAAGAUAUAUUUGUAUCCCAGAAUGUGAUUGUGUGUGUGUAUAUCAAGUUCUUUCGUAUUUCUUGAAAAUAAUUGUUUAUUGUGCCCAGUGUUUGUAUAUAAUUGAGGUGAAAGUGUUUUUCUGUGCAUCUACAUGAUUUAUGAGAAUACCAAAAGAGUUCCAGUGAUGUUUGGAAUAUAUUAGUAUGCUAUAAACUUUUGUAUUUCUAUCUCUAAUGUAUUGAUGAUUGUCUACGAUGUAAGGAUGGAACAUUCUUUAAUCAGCCACACAAAUAAAGUAAAACAAAUGUUUGAAUUUA